AUGGAAAAGAGAGUAAAAGAGUCUCCAGUAGGAGCAGCAGCAGUAGGAGAAGAGAUCGUAGAAGGGGUAUCGAAAGAUUUCAGCCAAAGUGCACCACAUCAUGAGAGCCCACGUGAUUUCGAUUAUGAUUUACGAUUUUCCAGGUGGUUAGCGCAUAGAUCAGCCAAUCACUCAGGCAAGAAUACAGAUAGUUUAGAUAUAUUCCAAUCUGUUGACUCGUCACAGUUUUUAGAAAGUGUCGGUGAUGUAAAACAUUCAACAAGUGGUAGUUGGCUCACUGUGAAUUCAAGCUUUGAACAAGAUGCUGGUAAAACCUGUCAAGACAAUGAUGAUGAUAAGAAGAGGAAGAACAUUACUACUCUAACUGAAAGCUCAGUUAAAUCUAUCAAAAAUCAGUCAGAAAUUGAUGACUCCUCAUAUUCUUCAAUUAAAUAUUACAGUUGUGAUGCUCUAAAAUCUAGUCAAGAAAUGAAAACUGGGGAAUUAGAAGCAGCUGGAGAAAAUUUUCAAUGUCUUUCAAGAUCUGACAGUAGUGUGACAAGAAAUCAAGUAUCAGGGGAAAACAAGAAGACCAUCAACAGCAUAAUUUACGAUUAG